AUGAGUGCAUUAGAGUUAUCAACAUCUGAAAUAUAUAUAAAGGGUUAUCCAUUUUAUGGUUCCAAAUUCAAGUAUUCAACGAGUUUGGAACGUUUCUUAGUAGCUGCAGCCAUAGCAUUAGCUUCACUCGCAUCCAUUUGUGUUACAUAUUGUUUAGUAAUAUAUGGAGAAUUCACAUCAUUAUUAAUAGAUCGUUCAGUCGGAAUUGGUUCUUCCUCUCCUACCAUUUUUCUGCAAGCUUUUGGAGGCGGUACUAAACUAACAAAUGCCACCAGAGAACAAAAUCUACAAGCUAUUAGAGAUGAUGCUUUAGCAUUUGGAAUAGGUAGCUUGAUUGGAGCGUUAUUAGAAUGGUUGCUUCUAGCUGUUGCACUUGAUCUCUUCAAUCAUGUAGCUUUAAAACAAGUAAAUAUUUUUAGUUUUUGA